AUGAAAUGUGAACCACCGGAGACGGCAGGGUGUGAGGGGACGCUGACAACGAUCACACCGGAGACCGUCGACCCAAAUGGACCAACGGUUCCAACGGCACCUGGUACCACGCUCGGAACGGGUGCUACCACGACCCAGGACCCACAGAAUCCGUCCGGCCCGACAGAGCCAACAACACCGGAAACCACCAUCGGGAAUAUCCCUACCGUUCCGACCUUCGUGCCUACAGUUGGAACGGACGGACCGAGCACUGAGGAGCCAACGACCGUGGAAGGAGCUACCACUACCACUGAAGGACCCAUUACGGAACAAUCUACGGUGGAACCGCCCAUUGGUACUAUUCCGACGGUGCCGACAUUCAUUCCGACGGUGCAAACGGCCGCGACAAGCCCUGAAGAGCAAACUACUGAGGAAGAAAUAACUGCUACUGAGGAAGAAAUUACCGAAGAGCCAACGGAGACGGAGGAGCCUACCGAAGAGCCUACAGAGCAACCGGAGCCGGAAACGAACGGAAACCGCAAACAGAAUCGGCUACAAUGA